CAAAUACUGAAACAAGUCCUCACGUUCACCAACCAGGCACCCCUUUCUAUAUAUACACACACAUCAGACGCCAUGGAAGUUCAUCCUAAGUUGCUUGCUAUGGCGCCUGAAAAGUUCGCUCCGUCUCAGACGGUGACAUUCAAUGUCAGGUCGGACUCGUACACGACGUUCAUAUCCACUCUCCGGGGCGCACUAGCGGGCAGCAAACCCGACAAGGUGAAGGACCGCCCCGUGUUGGCCAAGCAGACCGGCGAGACCUCCCAGCCGCCGCGGUGGAUCCACGUCGUGCUCACCGGCGACGGCGGCGCGGCACCCAAGGUGGCCAUCCGCAGCGACAACGCCUACAUCGCUGGCUUCGCCAACCGGCCCAAGGGCAGCACUGAAGACGUGUGGUACCAGCUGAGCCCGAGGAACAGCACCCAGCUCUUCAAGGGUGCCAAGAUGCUCGGCUUCAAUGGCCACUACUCGACGCUGGUCGGCGGCCAGGGCGUCAAAGACCUGCCGACCCUGAAGCUCGGCAAGGAGAGGACGUUGGAGGCCGCCACCGUCCUCUGGAGCUACAAGCAGGACAAGCUGAUGGGGUGCGCCGACGCCGACUCCGCCGUCGCCGCCGACCCGCAGCAGAACCUGAAGAGGAAGCUGGCGCUCCUCGCCGUGACCUUGUGCGAGGCCGCGAGGCUGGAGCCCGUGCGCGUCGAGAUCAACGGCGGCUGGAAGCACGAGCUGUCCAUCACCGACAAGGAGGUCCUCUACAUCGGAGACUGGAGCGACCUCUCCACGGCGCUGCUGGCAUGGCAGGCUGACAAGUUCAAGAACGACGCCACGCAUUUCUCCAAGUUUAAAGGCCUCGGGAUUAGCGACGGUGGCGGAGCUCUGGCGGUGGUGCAGCUCCUGCUCAACAAGCCACCGAAGAAGGGCCUCUUGGCCUGGCUCAAGCACCUGUGGGGGCUUCUGGUGAGGAAGAACAACUCCGAGCAGGUGCUGCAGGAGGAGAAACAAUACUACGAUCAGCAGAAGACCGAGAAGGGGAAGAUCAGGCGGGGACCAAAGAGCUCAUCCAUCGUUAACCCUCUUUGAUUCAUCAGCUAUGCACCACUUGUCCGAGAACAAAAUCAAUACAAAGCAUUGCAUGCAUAAUGCAUGCGAGAAGCUUUCUCGGUACAAAAAACAGCCUCCAAGUCAUAAGUUCACAGCAUGGAUAUAUGGUGUCAGAAGUGCAAGGAAUUUGUAAGUUCACAAAAUAAUGUGGAGUUUGUAAUAAGUCGUCGUUCACAGAAUAAAGUCGAGGUUGUACGUCAUUUUAUAAAAAGUUCAGUUUGCAAUCCUUCAA